AAGCAUUUGCACUGGUUAUUUGAAAGGGUUGUGCAAUCGCCUUAGAGUCCUGAAAAACACGAAAUCUCCCGGAGGUCGACGGCUACGCAAAUUUGAAAGGGGACCAAAUCAUGGGCUCGUUGUCGGAAACACCCAUAACUACCAAAGCACUUGUUGUUGAAAAGCCUGGUGCACCGUUCGUCGUGGAGGACGUUGUCUUGGACAAACUACGCGACAAUGAGCUUCUUGUCGACAUCAAAUACGCUGGACUAUGCCACACUGACCUUGUGAUACAACAUGGGAAGAUGCCAAUCGGGGGAUUUCCGGUCGUGGCCGGACAUGAGGGUGCUGGAAUCAUCGUCGAGCUCGGCCGUGGGCUGGGGAGCUCAGGGCUGAAAGUAGGUGAUCGGGUGUUGCUUGGUUUCGCCUCCUGCAUGAGCUGUAGAGGAUGUGAGGACGGUAGCAAAGGAGCCUGCGACAAUAUCGCUCUAACCAACUUCGGAGGGACGAGAGGACUUGAGGAUACUUCUAUCCGCCGUCCCAAUGGCGCAUUUAUCAGAGGCUCUGUAUUUGGUCAGUCGUCUUUCUCCAAGCUGGCGGUUUGCGAUGUCAGAGCUGCGGUCAAGUAUCCUGGUCCGGUCGAAGAUUUGGCAUUUUUGGCUCCGCUGGGAUGCGGUUUCAUGACAGGCGCGGGUACAUUGCUCGAUGUGUUGAAACCGAAGACGAGCAAUAGUGUCGCCAUUCUCGGGCUGGGUGCCGUCGGCCUUACCGCUCUCAUGGCGGCAAAAAGCCUGAAUGUUGCUGAAAUUAUCGCGAUUGAUAUUGUCGAAUCAAGGCUGGAGCUGGCGAAAUCCCUGGGAGCAACCCACGCAUUGAAUGGAAAGAGCUACAAGGAUGUUGAAGCUGCCAUUCGAGAGACCGCCGCACGUGGUGUCGAUUUCAUAGUUGAUACCACGGGAGCCACCUCAAUGAUCAACAGUGGCAUCAAAGCGCUUGCUCAACAGGGCACAUUUGCCAUUGUCGGAACCCCUGUGCCUGGGGAGCAUCUCAGUGUUGAGGCGAUGGAUAUGCUUAUUCACUGCAAGAAAAUCAUCGGAGUCACUGGGGCCUAUGCUAACCCACAAGAGCUUAUACCGCGGCUUGUGAAAAUGCAUCAGGAUGGAUUGUUGCCUAUCGAAGGCUUGUGCAAGUCCUAUCCUCCAACGGACAUCGACCAGGCAAUCAACGACAUGAAAUCGGGAAAGGUAAUCAAGCCAGUAUUGGCUUGGUAGAACUGUCCUCGAGCAACGCCUUUGCAUGCUACAUGAUUGAACUUACGCCACGGCAAAGCGGUGUAGUGCUCUGCACCGCCCGUCGAACGUUGCUUAUACAGGUGGUCAACAGCAGCUGGGAGCCUGCUUUGGGUCCGGUGAUAGCCGUACUAAACCUGCUCUAAUCCAGCUACUACUGUCGCGAGGCAGUCACUCAAGCCUACACUUGCGCUAAGAUGACCCUAGCAUAUCACCACAAAUUGGUUCUCGCUACCCGAAAUGCUGCCAGCACAACAUGAGUAAGAUAACAAUGGCGAUUGGAGGGUUGGCGAAUACCAUGCAGGUCCACGCCUACCGUCACAGAGAUUAUCGGCCUCCUAUACUACAAAAUAUUUACCCUUGCGGUUACCCCAGACUUUCCAAGACCUUUC